AUGGCCGCGAAGUCUGAUGGAGCGGCGGCCACGGCCAGCCCGGCGCCGGAGGGGGCGGCCCGGGGAGCCCGGGGCAGCGCGGGCGCGCGCGGGGAGGCGGCGGCCGCCGGGGGCCCCGAGGUGGCCGGGCCGGGGGGCUCGGGGCCGCGCUACGGGCUGCGGGACUGCUGCUGGGUGCUGUGCGCGCUGCUCGUGUUCUUCUCCGACGGCGCCACGGACCUGUGGCUGGCGGCCUCCUACUACCUGCAGGGUCAGCGGACCUACUUCGGCCUCACGUUGCUGUUUGUACUCCUGCCCUCGCUGGUGGUGCAGCUGCUCAGCUUCCGCUGGUUCGUCUACGACUACACGGAGCCCGCGGGGACCCUGGGACCCGCCGUCAGCACCAAGGACAGCGGCGCCGGCGGGCUCUCCGUCAGCACCAAGGACAGCGCCGCCGCCUUCCUGGCCAAAGAAGGCGGCUCCGAGCUGGGACCCCGGCCCGCGCCCUCCUCGGCCAGCGCCCACCGCCGCCGCUGCUGUCGCCUCUGCGUCUGGCUGCUGCAAACCCUCGUCCACCUCCUGCAGCUCGGCCAGGUCUGGAGGUACCUGCGCACCGUGUACCUGGGGCUGCAGAGCCGCUGGCGCGGGGAGCGGCUCCGGCGCCACUUCUACUGGCGGAUGCUGUUCGAGAGCGCGGACGUGAGCAUGCUGCGCCUGCUGGAGACCUUCCUGCGCAGCGCGCCGCAGCUCGUGCUGCAGCUCAGCCUCCUGGUGCACCGCGGCGGCCGCCCGGACCUGCUGCCCGCCCUCUCCACCUCUGCCUCACUCGUGUCCCUGGCCUGGACUCUGGCCUCCUACCAGAAGGUGCUGCGGGACUCCCGAGAUGACAAGCGGCCACUGUCCUACAAAGGUGCCGUGGCCCAGGUGCUCUGGCACCUGUUCACCAUCGCGGCCCGCAGCCUGGCCUUUGCGCUCUUUGCCAGCGUCUACAAGCUCUACUUCGGCAUCUUCAUCGUGGCCCACUGGUGCAUCAUGACCUUCUGGGUCAUCCAAGGCGAGACGGACUUCUGCAUGUCCAAGUGGGAAGAGAUCAUCUACAACAUGGUGGUGGGCAUCAUCUACAUCUUCUGCUGGUUCAACGUCAAGGAGGGCCGCAGCCGCCGCCGCAUGGCCCUCUACUACUGCAUCAUCCUGCUGGAGAACGCCGCGCUCACUGGCUUCUGGUACUCAAGCCGCAACUUCUCCACUGACUUCCACUCGCUCAUCCUGGUCUGCGUGGUGGCCUCCAGCUUCGCGCUGGGCAUAUUCUUCAUGUGUGUCUACUACUGCCUCCUGCACCCCAAUGGGCCCAUGCUGGGGCCCCAGGCACCUGGCUGCAUCUGCCCCGAGGCCCCAGAGCCCUGUGGCCCGCCAGCCGAUGCUGUCACAAGUCCCCCAAGGUCCCUGCCGAGGACUACAGGCGCUGAGCGAGAUGGGGUCUCAGUGGGGGGUGAGCGUGCAGGGACCCCCACACCACCUGUCUUCCAGGUGCGGCCUGGCUUGCCUCCCACACCAGUGGCCCGCACCUUGCGGACAGAGGGGCCUGUCAUUCGGAUUGACCUGCCUCGUAAGAAGUACCCCGCAUGGGAUGCUCAUUUUAUUGACCGCCGGCUCCGGAAGACCAUUCUGGCGCUGGAGUACUCCUCACCCGUCACGCCCCGGUUGCAGUACAGGAGCGUUGGGACCACCCAGGAGCUGCUGGAGUAUGAGACCACAGUGUAGGCCACAGUUUCUCCCCCCAAAAGGGGAUGGGCUUGGCUGACCUCACAUCGACCACAGUGUUGAGCCUGGAAUUUCAGGGCCACCAGGCUAAGGGGAAGUGGAUCUGUUGGUCCAAGGGUAGAGUGGCUCCACCAUUGGGUUCUUUCAGGGGAGGGGGCAGUC